AUGGAGGUUGCAAAGGUUAGCAUGCUUAAUGAUCUUAAUACAUUCUCAAACAACUAUUCGAUUAGAGUGAAGAUUGUUAGCAUGUCCAAGAAGAUGAUGAAUGAAAACAAAAAUGAAAUAUAUCGUCUUGAUAUGAUCUUCAUGGAUGAGAUGGGAACUAUGAUACAAGCCAGAUGUCUGCAUAAGAUGCUAGGAAAAUUCAAAGACUUCCUUCAGUUGGAUGAAUGUCUUCUUAUCACCAAACCAUCUCUUGCUGCUAAUAAGUCCUCUGCUAAGUAUACCAAGAGAAAUGACAAAAUAUCACUGUAUUUCUAUACUUCUGUUGAGAAAUGCCUUGACUGGUCUGGACCGAAAUACCGUUUUAAUUUCGUUAACCUCAAGGAUGUUGUUCAAAAUAAAAUUGAAGUUAAUACAGUUAUUGAUUGGAUUGGUUAUGUGGAAGUUUGUUUCAAUCUAGAGGAUACAUCAAAGAAGGAUGGGAAGGGCAAAAGUGUACGGUUACUUUGUGGGAUGCUUUUGCUAUUGAUGUUUGCUUACAUGAAUGAUAAGAAACGAGAGAAAUAUGUUGUUAUCCUUUGUCAUUUUGGUAUGGUCAACCUUUACAAAGGCAAGCGUGGAGUUGCAAACGGCUUUGAUCUUAGCAAACUUUUUAUCGACACUGACAUUGAAGAGAUAUCCUCUUUUAGGAAGAGGUAUGUAUACAAAAUUUCUGCUUCAUCUUCAUCAAAUGAGCAUGUGGGUUCAUACGUUAUCUCAAGUGUUGAAGAAGAGUUUCUUAAUAACCCUGAUUUCAGGCUUAUUGGUUUCCUUGGAACCAUAUCAACGACAAAGAAGGUUUUGGUUCUUGGCACAAUCACAGCUAUAUGCACUGAUAAACUUUGGUAUUACAAUGGUUGUAACCACUGUAAGUCGAGUGUGGAGGAAAGAUUUGUAACGAAAGAAAAUGUGGAUGGUUCAUUUGAUGUUGAUCAUGCAAAAUCUUUGGUGUGUACAAAUGAUAAAUGUGCAGGAGUCGACAUCUAUUCUAUUCCGAGCUUCAAGAUACCUAUUAGGGUGCAAGACUCUUCCGGUACUGUGUCUUUGACACUGUUUGAUUUCGAAGCUUACAAGAUUUUUAAGAAAACUGCCAAAGAGUUAUUUGCUAUCCAAGAUCAGGUUGUUAAUUCUGGAGAGAUACCGAACCCAUAUCCUGAGAUUUUUGACACGUUGAUUGGAAAGAGGUAUGCGUUCAUCAUAAAUGUUAAAGACUAUAACAUUGAGCAUCAGGUUGAAAACUAUGGUAUUUCAAUGGCCACUAACGAUGAUGAGAUCCUUGCCGCGUUCUGUGCCAAAUUCAAUCUUAACCAGCAUGAGCAGUCCGAAUCGUUGGAAGUUCCAGAUUCCUGCAGUUUAUCUACUCCUGUUGACCUUAUGAAGGAUGAGAUGUCAUUUAGCAGUGACAAUGUUACACUUGCAUCCAAAGCACUCGUAGGGAACAAGAAUCCCUCUUCUGAUGGAACAAAACGUAAUAUUCGUGAAGUGUGCGAUGUAGAUGAUGCAUUAGGUUGCUCCUCGACAAAGCGCCGCAUGAGUGAUAAACUGUCUCAGGAUGAAGAUGCUGGUGUUUCGACGCUUUCGAUUCCCAAGAUUGAGAAAUAG